AAAAAAAAACAAACUAAUGAGCAUGGACAUAUAUAGCUUGUUCCACUAAAUCGGUGCAAAUGAGUAUGCUCUACAAAAUUCAGAAAAUUCUGACGGACGGAGAAAAAAGAAAAAAAACACUAGUUCAAUGGGAAAAACUCUAACUGUCAAAGAAAAAUGCACCGAUGAAGUCAACUACUUGAGCCUUCCAAUACUGCCAAAGAAUGAAUGCCCUUAUAAGUGGUGGAGUGCAUACCGUUACACUUCCUCUGAUAAAGAUACUUACAAGUUGAAUUUGUCAAAGUUUUCAAAGAAAGUUUUGUGCGCGCCUCCUUCAUCUGUAAAAAGUGAACGCUUAUUUAGCACAUCUGGAAACAUAUUUGAAGCAAAAAGAAACAGACUAUUACCCGAACAUGGAGAACAGAUUGCAUUUUUAAAUUGUAAUAUGCCUGCUUUCAUUGAAUAAAUUUUUAUUAACUAAAUAAUAGACUGUAGCUUCUUAGUUCAACUGAUUCAACUUUUUAA